AUGGGACAGAUAGCACAGCAGUUAGCAUCAAACUCUCAAGUCCCUGGAACCCUACCUAGUGAUACGGUGACAAAUCCGCGGGAACAUAACACUGUUAACAUUGUCACAACCCGAAGUGGAAAGUCAACCGAGGAAACAAAAGUCCAAGAUGAAGAAGCAAUACCACCUCCUGUCCAGGAUAAGGAAAAGGUUCCUAAACCCAUAAUCAAACUUCCUUACCCUCCACGACAGAAGAAGAAAAAUCAACAUGAGAAGAAUUUCGAGAAGUUUCUCGAGAUGUUAAAGAAACUCGAAAUCAAUAUCCCUUUUUCUGAAGCAUUAGAACAAAUGCCAAUAUAUGCCAAGUUCAUGAAAGACAUAAUUUCUAAGAAGCGUUCCACUGAUACUGAACCGAUCAUCCUGACUGAAACAUGCAAUGUCGUUCUCCAAGGCAUGAAAAUACCAGUGAAAAAGAAAGACAGGGGAUUGGUUACUAUUCCUUGCAUUAUAGGUGAUCGAAAAUUCAAGAAGGCUCUGAUUGACUUAGGAGCGAGUGUAAGUUUGAUGCCAUUGUUCAUCUAUAAGAAAUUAGGCAUCGGUUUUGUUCAAGAUACUCGAAUGACCCUUUAG